AUGCCCUCAUUUUUCAUCUCUACACUGCUGCCGUGGGAAGAGGGCAAUGCUCGUUUUGCUCUUGCUGCUGUUAUGGUCAUACGGAAGGAGGUGAUGAGUUCAGUGUUGGGUCUGGAGAAAAAUCGUUCUCUUUGGUUUGGAGGCACUUUCCAGACGGGAAGCUGCAGAGUCUUUGCUGUCGCCCUCUGCUGUGUCCACCGGCCCUGUGGGGAGCAGGGCAGCUGUGCGCCAUUGCUGCUUGAUCAUGCGGAUAUGGUGAACUGUACCUCUGGUGGCCCAGGUCACAUGAAGUGUGCUAUCACCUGUCAAAGGGGGUUUGCCCUUCAGGCCAGCAGUGGGCAAUACCUCAGGCCCGUGCAGAAGGAAAUUCUGCUCACCUGUUCCUCUGGGCACUGGGACCGGGCUGUGAGCUGCAUGCCCCUUGAUUGUGGCAUUCCCGACCCAUCUUUGGUGAACUACGCAAACUUCUCCUGCUCAGAGGGAACAGACUUUCUGAAGCGCUGUUCAAUCUCCUGUGUCCCACCAGCCAAGCUCCAAGACGGGCUCUGGUCCCUCCCGGAAGCCUACUGCAAGUUGGAGUGUGACGCGCCCCCUGUAAUCCCGAAUGCCAGCCUGCUCUUGCCUCACUGCCUCCAGGGCAACCAUGAUGUGGGCUCCGUCUGUAGAUACGAAUGCAAACCAGGCUACUACGCCAAGCCGAGUGCCGAGGGUAAAGUCAGGAGCAAUUUCCUGAAGAUACAGUGCCUGGAGGGUGGCAUCUGGGAGCAAGGCAGCUGCGUUCCAGUGGUGUGUGAGCCCCCUUCCCCUGUCUUUGAAGGCAUGUAUGAAUGUACCAAUGGCUUUGAACUCAACAGCCGGUGUGUGCUCAGCUGUAACCAGGAAGACGGAAGGGUUCCUAUCCUCUGCACUAAGGAGGGACUGUGGACUGAGGAGUUCAAGCUGUGUGAGAACCUACAAGGGGAGUGCCCACCACCCCCAUCGGAGCUGAAUUUUGUGGAGUACAAGUGUGAACAGGGAUACGGGAUUGGUGCUGUGUGUUCCCCAUCAUGUGUGAUUCCCCCUAGUGACCCCGUAGUUCUGCCUGAGAACGUCACUGCUGACACGCUGGAGCACUGGAUGGAACCUGUCAAAGUCCAGAGCAUCGUGUGCACUGGAAAGCGUCAAUGGCACCCACCCCCCUUCCUCAUCCACUGCAUCCAGUCGUGUGAGCCUUUCCAAGCCGAUGGGUGGUGUGAUACCAUCAACAACCGGGCCUACUGCCACUAUGAUGGGGGAGACUGCUGCUCUUCUACUCUGUCCUCCAAGAAGGUCAUUCCAUUUGCUGCUGACUGUGACCUGGAUGAAUGCACCUGCCGGGACCCCAAGGCUGAAGAAAAUCAGUAACUGUGGGAUCAAGCCCCUCCUUCUACUGCCCUGGAGGCAGUAAGAAAGAGAGGCCUCCACAAAAGGGCACAAAAGGUGAACAGAGAAGAAAGGUCACGAAAUGAAGGAAGGAGGAAGAGCAUGAGGAUCUCGUAGAAUGCAGGAGGAUGUUUCUAGGUGCCGACUAUUGCAUCAAGAAGCCCAAGUAGGGAAGAAUCAUGGGCAAAAGUUUCUUCAAAGGGGCAGUUGAUUAAAAGUGGAAGGAGAAAUAUGAUAGAUAUACACGGACCCUCAUCCCCCAUUUAUAUUCUAUUCAACCCCAUCCCUGCCUCUUGCCCUGCUCCCCACUCUGCACCCUGCCAACUAUUCAGCCCCACCCAACUUGCAAACCAAUACCAAAAUACUAGAAGAGAAGUUGCCAGGGACACUCUGUAACACCCGUUUUGAAUGGAUUGCCAUCUUUCAGGGCUCUUCUCCUCUAAACUGGCUCCCUUUCUUUUGUGUAGUCUCCCUUAGUAAUGAUGAGGUUAGUUAUUAAUUCUUUAUAAGUAUUUAAACAUAAUUAUAUAAAUAUAUUAUAUAUAUUAUAUUUUUUGCUGUCUACUAAGCUAAAAAGUAUACAUUGUUCCACACAUGCUGCUGUGAAGUUCACAUCCAAAAUGAAGACUGAGGAUUUGAGGACAGAAAGACAAGUUCCUCUGCCAUCGUUCUAUUGAUGAGAAUUGGCAGGGUGAAAGGGAAGUGGAGAAGGAGAGAGAGAGAAAUUAGGUGGCGUUCUUGAUACAUGUCAGCUAAUUUACCUUUUCAGGAGCAGGAAGCUGGACCCCAUUUGAGGAGGUGGAGGACGGGGACAAUAACAUUAAGAGAUGGCAAGUUGGGUGGGAGUACCCAUUAGCACUAGGCCUAGGAGAACCAGAAUGUGGUUCUUGUGUAUCUAUCCAAAAAGACUGUAUUCACUACUUUUCACUUCUCAAAACUCUUGUUUGGAGUUGACGAGACCCAGGAUUCUCUACACUUUCAAGUGUGGCUCUUACUAGUCAGUCAACAAAUUUGUACGAGGGCUGGGAUUGCCAGGAUUACAGGAACUCACACAUUCCUCAUGCUCGGCUUGUGGUCUCACUCCUUCUAAGUCCCCAAGCCUGGCCAUCAUUCACAGACACAUGACCAAUUGUUGAUGUUCUGGAGGAAAAAAAAAUGUCACGGACAUGACAUGGGGGAAAGUGGGAGGAGGUGGAAGAACGGGCAGAUAUGGAGGAGCCUAGGGAGGCCGUGGUGGUGGGAGAGGCCAUGGGAAAAUCACAGCCUCGGGCAGGAGGGUGAAACAAGUCAGAGAUUCAGCCUUGUCCCAAGUCUCCAAAACAGAUCAGAGGGGAAUCCGUCAAGCAAUGCGGAAUCUGAGGUAAAUUCUAUUCGAGUGCAACAUAUCAGAUCUGCGACCUAGAGAUUUUCAUUUGAUCAAGCUUUGGAAACACGUGGAGCAAGGGUGACACUCUGUGGGAAAAGAGAAGAAUUUCAACUAUUUAGGGUCCAUUUUGUUGCCAUUAUCCUCUCUUGUUCAAUAGAGGGACUGUAGGUAAAAUGACCACCGUGUUAACCUGCCUGCAUUCACGUCCCAGGCUCACUCUUCUUGCUCAUGGUCUAUUGCAGUUGUUUUUGGUUAACAAUUUCUGGAUUAGGCCUUUGGGGAAAGAGCGUUAACUUCUUGCUCAACACUUCAGUUUGUCAUCUCAAGAAGGGCUGGGAGUCUUGCUUCCCUCAAAGCUACUUCUCCAAUGGAAGCAAAUAACGGGCCAAAUUAGCGUGCAACCUUGGUCUCUGAAUCAUCUGCUCCUUGGCUCUGACCACAGGUCCUCCACUUUUCCCACCAACACUGGAGCAACGGCUUUGCAACUAGGAAGAGGAAAUGUUACUUACCGCCAUCUUGAGCCAGACUUCACGUGGGAAGGAAAAUAUUCUGGAAUGGGAAAAAAAAAAUUAUCUCCAGGGAUAUAAAAUGAGGGUGGCAUCAUCACUGGGGAAAGGAAAGAGCAGAUUGCCCAUUCGAAAAGCCCUUGUCCUCUAUGUUUUUGGCCCCAGUGGAACCCUAGGCACCUACCGUUCAUUGGAUUCAUAUUUAGUACCCCAAGAAGAGAAUAAAUAUUUCUGGGAUUGUAGUAGGCUUCGAUAUGGAAGGGACGAUGAAAAAGUUUAGAUCCUCCAUUUUUUACAAAGUCGUACAAUUGUUUUCUCGGGGAGAAUAUCCAAAUUCUUGGAAGUGCAUCAAGCUUUGUGUCAGCGAAUGCUGCUUUGAGAUUGAGGCAACAGAAUAGGUAUGUUGGGCAUUGCCCAGCUCAGGAAGGCUACAGCCCCCCACGAGGAUGUGAGCCUGCAGUUCACGCCAGUGUGGGUCUGUGCUCAGUCUCUCCACAGGGGGAACAGUGAGCACACUUCUCUGUCAUACUUCAUUUACAAAUCUUUUAUUCUCCACUGGCGACAUCUGCAAUGCACCACCGCCCUGGGAAGGUGAGAGGGCAGUUCCUGUGGUGUCUGGAAAGCCCUUCUGGCUGAAGGCUGCCCGGCGCUACUCAGCGAUGGCCAUUCAGAGAUGGCAGGCUCUUCCAGCCCUUGUCCCUGGACCCUAAUGUGUUGAGCCCUCAUGUCACUAAUAAAGUGGAAGGACUGAGCCACCGUGGUCAUAGAACCCCUGGAGAUAUCAACUCACACUCCAUGUGGUGGUCUGCACUUGGCUGCUCUCACCCAACCACGGGGUAAUGGAGGACCUCUCCCAAAGGCCCUUCUAUGUUCCAAAGUCACUUCUCUGCUUCUUUUUUUCCUAGUAACUAGGGGCUCUGGUGUCGAGGUUGCCCAGGACUAGGCUGACUCUGGUGGUUCGUGUGACAGUCUCCAACCAGAGAGAUGAGAGGACAGAGUGAGGACAGAUGGGCAGCUGGCAAAACUGUACAUGAAAGGGAAGAGUUAUCUUGAUUGUCUCCUUUGCUUCCCUCCAUCACAAGGCAUUGCACUUGGCAUUUGCUCUAUACUCUGUGAGAUCACUAUUGAGUGCGUUAGUUAGCACCCCAAGGGGAUGGCUUGUUUGGGAACACAAUGAAAGGAGCUGAUCUACUGUAUUGUAAUGUAAAACAGCUACAGCCAGUUAUUUUGUAAGAUUAUAAGAUGUUCAUUAAAAAAU